AAUGUUACAGCAUCCGUCUAGUGAUUACUACGAGCUAUCGGCCAGCGCCAAACAGACGCCCCCAACGUUCAGCCCGCAGGGAGGCAGUCUGAUAGUGGGGGGCGGUGGAGGGGGCACCGGAGGAUCGCUGGUGAUCAACAGUGGCAACAGCACCAGCAACAACAACAACAACAACAACAACAGCAACAGUGUAAAUAACAACAACGCGAUCGCCGGGGCCGCGGACGCCGAUCUGGACCUGAUCGCCGGCAGCGCCGGGAACAUCAGUGCCGCGGAUCGCGAAUCGCUGCCCAGCUUCGGCUUCACCCAGGAGCAGGUGGCCUGUGUGUGUGAGGUCCUGCAGCAGGCUGGCAACGUGGAGCGGUUAGGGCGCUUUCUCUGGUCCUUGCCGCAGUGUGAUAAGCUACAGCUGCACGAGUCCGUACUGAAGGCGAAGGCCGUGGUCGCGUUCCAUCGCGGGAACUUUAAGGAGCUGUACCGGCUGCUGGAGCACCACCAGUACUCGCCACACAACCACGCCAAGCUACAGAACCUGUGGCUCAAAGCACACUACGUGGAGGCGGAAAAGCUCCGUGGUCGGCCACUGGGAGCGGUCGGGAAGUACCGGGUGAGGCGUAAAUUCCCUCUGCCGCGAACCAUCUGGGACGGAGAGGAAACAAGCUACUGUUUUAAGGAAAAAUCAAGAUCGGUCCUGCGCGAUUGGUACACCCAUAAUCCGUAUCCGUCGCCGAGGGAAAAACGGGAGCUGGCCGAAGCGACCGGAUUAACGACGACGCAGGUUUCGAAUUGGUUCAAGAACCGACGGCAGCGGGACCGGGCAGCUGAGCACAAGGACACCGGCGAAUCGGAUAAGCAGCACCUGGACUCGUCGAGCGACUCGGACAUGGACGGGCCCAGUUUGGCAUCGCUGGCCGCCGGAAAUGGGGUGGUCGGUUCGGGUGGCUCCCUUCACGGCACGUCCGGUGGCGGCGUGCUGCACUUGGGGAGUAGCGGCGGAACCCUAACCUCAACCGGAGCCGGAUCUCAGACGGCACCGCUCGGCCACAGUCUCGGCGGGGGUAUCACAGGACUCGGGCCGGGACCGACGGGUGGAGCGGGCGGAUCACUGGAUCCUCACAACGCACACAACGCGCAGCAUCAUGCGCAACACCAUGCGCAUCAAAAUUCCGGCCAAACGACGGCGCAGAGUGGUCCCGGAAGUGGCGGCGGCGGAGGAGGGUCGGCUGGAGGAGGUCAACAGCAUUCGCACGCACAACAGCACCACCAUCAGCAUCACCAUCCGCACCAUCCGCAGCACCAGGCGCAGCACCCGCAAUCCCACCCCCACUCCCACCAUCCGCAGCCGCUCGGGACGCGGAACGGCAAUCUGAUGAACAUUGCGCCGUCGGGCGGCAACAAGUCGGUGGCCGCCAUCGGCCAGCUGUCGGCCGCGGCCGCUUACUCCCACUUCCACAACGUGAUGGGCUCGAUGCCGCUCUACGACAUUGGCGACUAUCAGCAUUUAUGAUUUUAAGUGAUCUUCCUGUCCACUCGGAGAAGAAAACACCCAGCUGCGGGCAUUGGCACAAACGAG